AUGUCAGGCCGCACCCCAGCGACCUCCACAAACGGCCAAGGAGGCCCAGGAGACCGCAACGGAGACCAUCAGACCGUGUCGGCACACGAGAAUGUAGCAGGCCUGAACAGCGAACUCGCCAGCGACUUAUCUCAGCGCCGCCAGCAGAUCCGCCAGCAGGAACUCGACUUGAAUUACUACCGCAAGUUCCUGGAAGACUUGGUCACCGUCAUGCGCGACGCUCAUAGCGAUGCUGUUGCUCAGCUCGUCUUGCUUAUUCGCUCUGGGGCGUCGAACGAGCAGAUCCACGUCGCCCUUCAACGCGUCCAGGACGAGAUAUGA